UUGUAAAAGAAAUUAAUUAAGAGGAUCAAUUUUCGAACUUUUGCAAUUGUUUCCUCAGAACUGAAUCCUCCAGCUUCUUACCUAUAUCCCUUUUGAUCUAUAAAAUACGUGUAUGAAGAUUUAUAAAUUCUACUCAAUCAAAGUAUUUCAGUAAAUAACAUUUGAUUUCUCACAAAGUGCAUUCGAAAUUUAGGUCAAAAUUUUUUACAAACAUGGAAGUGUGUACAAUAAAUUUCACAUAGAGCUUUGACUAGGAAUCUUUAUUUAAUCGAUUAAAUAUUAACAAUUAUUGUAUAUUCCUAUCUCAUAUGCAACACAAAACUGAUGAACUUAGGCAUGAUCAUGUACUCGGAAUUAAUUGAUACAUUUUUUGUAUACAUUGAAAACUUAAAUCGCACAUUCUGCGAGAAUUAUUUGCAUGAAAAGAACACAAGAAUCAUUCCAUGCAAUUGUAACAACUUUCAACAUGACGUAUCUUGCAUUAUGCUGUUUAAUUCAACAAUGAUGUACGUAUGGCAAACAACCAACUUGAUCGCGAUUACGAAAAUGGUGAGGAGAGGUGUCGAUAAAGUUAAUUAUUCACGAAACGUGCGAUUGAUAUGUCAAUUCCUCUCGUUCUAUAUGCCACGGACAACGACUCUGUACUCGGAAAUUCCCGUGGGUGAGUUAUAAAGUCGUCGGUAGGCUUUUCCAUGUCUCAGUCGAUCAACGUCCCGCCAACGUCCGCGCGAUCUAUUUAUUCGUUCAAGAUCAGUAUGUGCUCGCUCGAAUCGAUUCGCCGUAAAAAUAAACCGUAAACACGACGUGAAAAAGAACAAUCAACCCGGCAGGUCGAUCCCUUGA